AUGCUGGCAGAGAUCUUGGAGCGCCAUGGUUUGAAGAAGAAGUUGUCUUUUCACCUCAUCCAUCGACAUGACCUCAUCGAUGAUGGCAAAGUCAUGAUGACGAGCAAUCUCAACAUUCUCAUCGGAAAAUGGAUUCGCCCGGUGGAUAUCCAUAACCUUAACCUAACCAACACUCAUGGCUAUCUCUUCAAGAUGAGCUCUGAUGGCAGUCCCCGAGUCUAUAAGUACAGAGAAGGACCUCUGCCUGACCUAGCGGGUGUCUCACCCGAUUUCCUUUCCGAGCUGAACCACUUUUUCCAGGGUAAUCAGUUAGGCGACCUUCUGGCGCUUGGGGUCACAGAUGGUAUGGAGGGCCUGGUCGAGUUUGACCUUGGCCAUAACGGAACUGUCCUGCUCAAACAGGAGCAGGCAAAUUAUGGCAAGCUUGCCAAGGAAACAGGGUUCAUUUAUCAUGAGGGGGGAGAUGGAAUUAGACAGCUUAAGGGCAAUGAGCAGCAUGCUGAGACAACCACUGGGCCUCACAAGGUCUUCUGGGAUGGCAAGCUCGAGAACGAGGCCGAACUGGUGAAGGCUUCACAUGAAUUGGGCCUUAUUCGGUGCGAGUAG